GCAGUGUUUGCUAAUCCUGGUUCAAAGAAAACGCAUUAUUGAUAUGUGGAAGCUCGAUGGUUUGAGAUAGCUGCUGUAUCUUCGCCUGCAAAGUGAACUGUAUUUGACUGGACUUCUGGGCAAGAAAGAUGAUGGCAGCUCUGGUGAAUGGUCGUCGUGGAGGUCGCUCUCCUCCUUUGCUCAUGGCUGGACUUAUCGGCUGUAUUCUCCUGCUCGGCUUUAACUACUGGGUGUCCAGCUCUAGAAACCUGGAGCUGCAGACCAAGCUACUGGAAUUGGAAGACCGCGUACGGCGAGCAUCGGCCGAGAGGGAGCGUGAGCAGCUGAGCAGAAGCGAGGCGGAGGAACAGGUGCGCAGGCAAUCCGAACAACUCACCCUCAUGGAGAACACACACCAGAAACAGCAGCAGAGUGCUGAGAAGGUGUGGAAACAAGAGAAGGGGAAUCUACUGCUCAACAUUUCCUCUAGUGGCAAAACCGUUCAAGAAAUGAAAAACCAGAUGAAGAAUCUGCUGGAGGAUCUCAGUAGGGUUCAGAAGGAGCUUCAGUCAUGCCAGAACAACAUGAACACGCUAAAUAAAAAGCUCACCUACGACACGACUCAGUGUAACACGCAGAUCUUAGCCCAGAAGGAGGACUGCAAUGAAAAGAUUGCAGCAGCCAAACUGGAAGUGGAGAAGAAGUACGAGAAACUAAGCUCCGAAGCUCAAAACCAGGCUUCAGUCAGUGCCACUCAAAAAGCAGUCUCUAAGCCUGCUUCAGAAAUCGCUGGAAAUGAGUCGAAUAAAAUUACUGGAGCUUUGGAGACAAAAAUGACUCCAGGAAACCUGGAAACCAACGAAAUUCCACAGAUCAAAGCUGUAACCGUAACUGUAAAAGAUUCCAACAAAGACGAGCUGCCAACCACACCCAGCCCACCCAAUCAGAAUGAAACUUUGAGCAACCUGACCAAUGAUGAGGCCAUGGCAGGAGUGAUGGACAUCAAGGGGGAAGAUUUAAAGACUGCAGAUGCUCUGCUGGAUGCUGCAGUAAAUGAAGAAGUGAAGGAAGACGCCGCCAUAGAAUACGACAACGAACGCGAGAUCGAGAAACGCCUGUCCAAUCUCAAAGGUGAUAAAGCAGCUGCUCAGGAGUUUGAUGAUGAACUGGCCGACUACAACGGUGAUGACGAGAACGAGCCUGAGUUUGAGGCCGACAAACAGGCAGAACUCGCAGAGGCCUAACGCUCAUACAGACUCACACUGGCUGAUUAACACUCCAUUUAUAUCCUGCUUUCCCAGAUACCUCAAACAGACUUUAAACUUACAUUCUGUGCUGGGGAGCAGGGAAAAGGUUUGCUGGUAAAGUUUAUGGGCAUUUCACAUCAUUUUCACAUCAGCUGAGGAACCACCAGUCUCUCACUGCGAACAGUUCGGGACUCCUCAUGAAACAAUACUGAUACUGAAGAUCUUUUAUCACUGUUACAUUUUAAACAGCUUUGUAAUGACAGGCUUGUAGGAGUUUUAUACAACAUGCCAUUCUCAGGGCAGCAGGCCACGAUUACUUCUGUAUAUACUGUAGAUAUUUUUUUUAAUAUAACAAGAAGUCUGAGGACCAAAUAUUAAUGUUCAGAUGAAGGAAGUACUAAAUAUGGUUAGCAUUCUAAAAUAUCACUGACGUUUAAAGCGUCUCAGAUUAUAAACCAUUUCAAAUGAUCUAAGUAGUUAAAAAUAAAAAAUAAAACAGGAUAUAAUAUAACGCCUCCACAGCCUUCUGCCUUCCAGUAACAGCAGGCAGCCAAAGUAGUAGUGUUCCAAACCAGACACAGUUGUACUAAACACAUGUCUAAGUAGUACGCUAGACAUGGUGGUGUUAGUACCUACGCAUGUGUGCAGUAUGCUAUCAGAGAUAGCAUCAUAGCGUUAGCAACUUAGCAUUUCAGCUAAUUUAAAGCAAAUCAAUUUUGUUAAUGUAGGCGGUUACUAAAGCGCCUUAAAGUUAGUUUUCGUCAGAAUGAAAUUUUUAUUAUUACAAAACUCGCAUUAAUACAUUUUUAACGACGGUAAAUGUAAAAAAAAAAUGUUUUUUAAUGAAAUUGUCACUUUGCAGCGUCACCUUCAAGACUUCCCACCUUAUAUAUUCUGCUUUUUGCUGAAAACGCACGUCAAGUGUAUUUGAAAAUGGAUUUUUGCUAUGUACAAUGUCUCAAAGCAGUUUUACCAGGACCAAAAACCCAACAUAAGCACGAUAAAUAAAUAAAAAAGAUUAUUAUUGCACUGUGGUAAAUUAUUGGAACCUAAAACAAACUCUAAAUGGUCAGAAUCAGAAUCGAAGUGGUUUUAACUUCGGUUAUCUGAACAUCUAAACGGAAUCCUGUCAGCCCUGAGAAGAGGUUUUCCUACAAGAAAAUCAUUCCACAGGAGAUUCAGCCUUUUAAUUACUCUAGAUGGUUCAAAAAUGAAUGUAUGUACAAAAUGAUCAGCUUCAGCCUUUAACUUCUUACCUGAAAAACUGAUCUACAUAAAUCAUAGUUAAAACGUUAAAAGUUUUUUUAUGGUUUGUUUGCUUAGAACUUUUUCUCAGAUAAGAAAAAGCUAAUCUAUAUUUAAGCAUAAUUUUGUUGUUUUUUAAUUCCAAUACAUGUAAAUAAAACAAACACCAAAUAAAAUCAUAAACUGGUUUUAUUUUUUGUCCAUAAAAGAAAUGAGACAGAA